AUGAGCAAUCGCCCUCUGAAGCAGAUGCGCCAGGGCCACAGCAGCCCUCUCCUGCCUGAACCGUUGUCCAGCAGACACAAGCUCUACGAGUCGGAGUUCACCAACGCCUCCUGGCCCCCAAGCCCUCAGGACACCCACCCGGCCCUGCCCCUCCUAGAAAUGCCUGAGGAAAAGAAUCUCCGGCCAGCGGAUGAAGGCAGCCACAUUGUGAAAAUUGAAAAACCCAAUGAAAGGAGCAAAAAGACAGAAAAUGAGCUGCCUUCUCACAGGACUUCUGGCCGCCGAGGCUUCAGCCUCUUCCGGGCCGUGGGCUACCUCACCGGCGAGAUGACAGAGUACAGGAACUGGCUGAAAGACAAGCCCCUGAUCCUCCAGUUCGUGGACUGGGUCCUGCGGGGCACCUCCCAAGUGAUGCUGGUCAACAACCCUCUCAGUGGAGUCAUCAUCCUCGCGGGGCUCAUCAUGCAGAAUCCCUGGUGGGCCCUCACAGGAGUUCUGGGGACAGUGGUCUCUACCUUGAGUGCCCUCAUCUUGAGCCAAGACAGGUCAGCCAUUGGCUCAGGACUGCAUGGCUACAACGGGAUGCUGGUUGGCAUACUGAUUGCUGUGUUCUCAGUGAAGAAGGACUACUACUGGUGGCUUCUGCUCCCUGUGGUCUUCACAACCAUGGCCUGCCCAGUUGUUUCUAGUGCCUUGAAUUCCAUCCUCGGCAAGUGGGACCUCCCUGUCUUCACACUGCCCUUCAACAUCAUAUUGACCCUUUACCAGACAGCCACUGGCCACUACAACCUCUUCUUCCCCACAACACUGGUGAAGCCCGUGUCUUCCAUGCCAAAUAUCACCUGGACAGAGAUUGAAAUGCCCUUGCUGUUACAAGUCAUCCCUGUCGGGACCGCCCAGGUGUAUGGCUGUGACAAUCCCUGGACAGGUGGCCUGAUCUUGGUGGCUCUGUUCAUCUCCUCACCACUCAUCUGCUUGCACGCAGCCAUUGGAUCCAUUGUGGGGAUGCUGGCAGCCUUGUCGGUGGCCACACCAUUCCAGUCCAUCUACCUGGGUCUUUGGAGCUACAACUGCGUCCUCUCAUGCAUCGCCAUUGGAGGCAUGUUCUACGCCCUCACUUGGCAGACCCACCUGCUGGCACUCUUCUGUGCCCUGUUCAGUGCAUACAUGGGAAUAGCCCUCUCCAACAUCAUGGCAGUGAUUGGUGCGCCCUCAGGGACCUGGGCCUUCUGCCUCUCCUCCCUCAUCUUCCUCCUCAUGACGACUAACAACCCUGCCAUCUACAGACUCCCACUCAGCAAAGUCUCCUACCCAGAGGCCAACCGCAUCUACUACCUAACAAUGAAGAGCAACGAAGAAGACAAGUCCCCGAGCGGUGGCAGCGGGGAGCAGUCCCCCACAGUGAGCCCGAAGGCUCAGGAGGGUCCAGAGCCUGUGGCCCCCUCGCUCAGGAGUGUGUUCCACAUCGAGUGGUCAUCGAUUCGGAGGAGGAGCAAAGUGUUUGGCAAAGGGGAGCAACAGGAGAGGCAGAGUAAAGUGCCCAUCCCCCAUCCGUACCGGAAGCCCCCGGUGGACCUGCUUAGCCUGGGCCCCAUGGAGGAGAGCUCCGAGAUAAAGGUGGAGCGCACCAGCUCCAGGACCAACUGGAUUCAGAGCUCCAUAGCUGCUGGCGGGAAACGGAUCAGCAAAGCCCUCAGCUACAUCACCGGGGAGAUGAAGGAGUGUGCAGAGGGCCUUAAAGACAAGUCACCCGUGUUCCAGUUCCUGGACUGGGUGUUCCGGGGCACAUCUCAGGUGAUGUUUGUGAACAACCCGCUCAGUGGCAUCCUCAUCAUCAUUGGCCUCUUUGUCCAGAAUCCAUGGUGGGCCAUCGCAGGCUGCCUGGGCACCGUCGUGUCCACCUUGACUGCCGUCAUCCUGAGUCAGGACAGGUCAGCCAUUGCGGCAGGACUCCAUGGCUACAACGGCACACUGGUGGGGCUGCUGAUAGCCGUGUUCUCAGACAAGGGUGACUAUUACUGGUGGCUUCUGCUCCCCGUUGCUGUGAUGUCUGUGUCAUGUCCCAUCCUCUCCAGUGCUUUGGGCAACAUCUUCAGCAAGUGGGACGUCCCUGUCUUCACAUUGCCCUUCAACAUCGCCGUGACCCUCUUCCUGGCAGCCACAGGCCACUACAACCCCUUCUUCCCCACAACACUGGUGAAGCCCGUGUCUUCCGUGCCCAACAUGAGCUGGCCAGAGAUCCAGGUGCCCUUGCUUUUGAAAGCCAUCCCCAUCGGCAUUGGCCAGGUGUACGGCUGUGAUAACCCCUGGACCGGAGGCAUUUUCCUAGCUGCUCUGUUCAUCUCUUCACCUCUUAUCUGCUUACAUGCAGCAAUUGGAUCCAUCAUGGGGAUCUUAGCAGGGCUCACGAUCGCAACGCCAUUUGACUCCAUCUACUCUGGCCUGUGUGGCUUCAACAGCGCAUUGGCUUGCAUCGCAAUUGGAGGCAUGUUCUACGUCAUCACCUGGCAGACACACCUUCUCGCCGUUACCUGCGCCUUGUUUGCAGCCUACCUGAGCGCAGCCCUAACCAACGUGCUAGCUGUGUUCGGACUACCAACCUGCACCUGGCCCUUCUGCCUCUCAGCGCUCACCUUCCUGCUUCUGACAACCAACAACCCUGCCAUCUACAAACUCCCACUCAGCAAAGUCACCUACCCUGAGGCCAACCGUACCUACUACCUACAGGAGAGAAACAGAAGGUCGUCAACGAUAACCAAGUACCAGGCUUACGAUGUCUCCUAA